UUACAAUAAAUAUCAAAAUAAGAAUUUGACAAAAUAAUCAGAAUGAGUUGUCACCGUGUCAAUAAGUUAAGAUUAUACUUCACUCUGCUUUGUCUUGUCUGUGCUUCGUAAUUAACAGGAACUCUCUUUUCUUGAUUUGUUAUUUUAUUUAGUGUACCGUAAAUCUUAUAAUAAUGGAUGAUUUCGGAGACAACUUCGUUCAACCUGAAGUCGACCCAGCAGCGGAGUUCCUUGCUCGUGAACAGAACCAGCUAGCAGGACUCGAAGAUGAGUUGGAAACCAGCGCUCCGCCCCCCAUUGUAUCUUCCUCAAACGGCUUGGAUGACUUUGUGGAAGUACCUAGUGCCUCAGCCUUCGAUUCAAACGGCCUUUUAGAUGAAGAACCCAUCCAGACAUCAGUAUUCAAACAGGAAAGAGAAGAACCUGAGAAGAUCCGUGCUUGGCGUGAGGAACAAAAAAAGAGAUUGGAAGAGAAAGAUGCUGAAGAAGAAAAGAAAAAGGAGGAAAUGCUGAAAAUAGCCAAAAAGGAGUUGGAGGACUGGUACAAGACACAUGAGGAGCAAAUUGCCAAAACAAAGGCAGCUAAUAGGAAUGCCGAGAAAGCUUUAGCACGCGGCUCUGAGGGUACCGUGGAAGAUGGUAACGAAUGGGAGCGCGUAGCUGAGCUCUGCGACUUCGGACCAAGACGUGGCCGCGAUGUGGCGCGUCUCAGGUCUAUUGUACUGCAAUUGAAACAGUCGGGAGUGAGACCUAAGCACCCACCACGUACUACUAAAGUAGCUUGAAUUUCCAGAGAAGAUGUACGAGUUACAUAUUACAAAAAAAUUAUACCUAAUCAUCAGUCUCGUAUAUAAAAAUCACACUUAUUAAAAUAAUAAUAAAUUAGAAAAAAAGUUAUUCCAAUGAUGUUGAAUAAUAAUACUGGAAUGUAAUAAUAAUAACAAUAACAGAUGUUAUUUAUUCAUUUUAUAGUAUAUUGUAUAAAUCAUAAUGGCGGACUAUUAUUAGAGACUAGUUAAGCCAAUGUUUUUUUUUUUCAUUAUAAUGUUAAUAAAUAUCAUUCCAAAAUAAAUUAUUGUUCAUUUCUUUGGUACAUUUACCUACUUAUUAUAAUUUAUAUUAAUUAUUUAGUAAUAAUAUUUGUGACUCCUUACUUAUAAUCAAGGCAACAGUGUGUCAUAACAACCAUUACUGGGAUAUUUUUAAUAAAUUUAUAUAGGUAGAUUGCCUACUUUCAUGGCUUAUAUUUGCUACUAUAACUUAUAAUCCCUAGCAAUAUCAAUAUGCUUCUUUUUAUAUAUUUUCUCUGUCAAUUUUAAUAAUAAAUACAUAAGACUUAUAACUAACAGAAAUGGCCAAACACCACAUGUGAGGUAGUUUCGUAGCUGUAAACCUAGAGGAUUAUUUUUAUUCAAGGAUAUAUUGUUGUAUACUAUUUCUGUCCUCUUUGUUACAUCCAUCCAAUUGUACAUUUUCCUUAUUCUCAUAUUGCAUUCAAAGGGGCAUAAUAUAUUGCCUUUGUCUAUGUCUUCCAUAGCCUUUUCAAUUGCUUCCACUAGACUGCCAACAUUUGGUUCUGUAAGAUAAAUCAUACUGUCUGGCAACACUUCAGGUAUACCACCAACUUUAGUUGAAACUACUUUUAACCCACAAGAAGCUGCUUCCACUAUAGCCAUGCAGUAAGCUUCAGUAAGAGAUGUAUUCAAAAAUAUAUCCCCUUUCACUAACACAUCUCUAACUUCUGAAUGUUUGAGACUUCCCAAAAGGGUCACACAAUGCUGGAAACCUUUUUGUUCCCUCACUUCUUGCAAGAGCCACAUUUUAGGACCAUCUCCUCCAACUAUAAACCUUACUCUUGGAUAUCUAGGGCACAUGUCAGCUAUGACAGCAGCCAUUAAAUCAACACCUUUCCUAUAUACAAGGCGGGAUACAAUAACUAUUGUUAUCACAUUAGGAUCUCUUUUGCUCGGGUCUGGAGUAAAGCUGUAGGCAUCAACAGCAUUGGGUAUAACAGAAACUUUGUAUGCUUUCACUUUUGCCCUGAGUACAGUAUUUUCUUUCCCUGUGUGUGACACACAGAUACAAUGGUCACAUUCGCAUAAACACAUCUGAAGAUACUUAUUCGUUAAGACUGCUGAAGUGUCAGCAAAUCCAAAUAGACUGUGAUCAGUAAACACUGUUUUUAAACCCAUUAGUUUACCUAUAAUUGACACCUCAUGACACAAAACACUGAAUGCAGAAUGUCCAUGUACAAUCUCAACUCUUUCUCUUAUCAAUAUGUAUCUUAUCAGUGCUAUAUUGCAAAUCAUAGUUGGCAGGACACAUUGAGCAUAAAAUACUUUUACAGGCAAGUAAUAAACUUUCAGUCCACAAGUUAAAUACCUUAUUCCUACUCGUUUUCCAUAAGAAUGGGUAAUUAUGACUACUUUAUGACCUCUUUUGAUUAGACAUUGUGAUAAAUUAUAAAUAUGCUCUUCUACUCCUCCUGUGUUAGGAUAAAAGAAGUCCGAUGCCAUACAAAUUACGUGUUUCUUGUUCUUUUUCCGGAUCUCCUAAAACAUAUUAUUAUGUUAAA